AAAAUGUGGAAACGUACACUUUCAGUUCGCAUUCUUCAUGUCUUCCAAAGUGAUACUUUUGAUCUUUAUCGCGAUUGUGGUUGUCAUCAGCUAUGGUACGUCCGAUCAUUGCAAUGAUCACGAAGCUAUAGAGAAAAAUCCAUUUACACUUCGCCCGCUGGACAUGCCACCAUCUGAUCAACUGAUGAUGGAGCUAUUUGGACCUCCCCAACAAUACGUUCCUCCCAAGUCAUUUUAUGAUACUGGUCGUGGUUAAACUUUAAACAUGCUGUGGUUUCCUCUAACUGUCAACAUAUUGUAACCGUAUAAUACAUAGAACUGCAAAUGUGCUCGUUAAAUAGACAUCCCCAUUUGAUAGCGAGUAGUUCAUUAUGUUAAUGAUCUAGUUUUCAAAUAAUAAAUUAAGUCAUUCCAUUAAAUUAAUGGUUAUCGAUCGAGAUAAAUCAGUAUCGCCCAAAGCUCACUUUGUCAUUAAGCUUGUUUACCUUUGCCGCAUAAGAAAUUCAUUUACUUAAAUUUACUACCUCCCAGUUGAGUUGCUUCUACGUAUUAUUAUGCAUUUCAAAGGAGGUUUUCAGAUAUAUAUUCUGUUGAUUGGCAUAAAUGUCGUGUGGUCAGCUCCAAAAAAUAAUGAUGAUCGUAAACCUAAACAAGCUCUAACUUUUUUCGGGAGUUUCUUUGGAACUAAAAAGCCUCCUACUGUAAGCACCUUGAAAUCCAUCAAGAAUGACAGUCAAACAAACGCGUACGUAUAUACUGAAAAUCACAACAAAGAUGGUUUAAAGGGAAUGCAAGAGGAGGCCACCAUUUUGUUUGAAUAUAUCGAGGAGGAUAGCAAAAUGAAAGGAAUGUCGGAGAAGCAAAUCAUUUCGAAUAAAGAUUCAUACUUUCUGUUUACCAAGGAAGGACAGAAUUUUAGUUCCAAUCCAUUUUUAGGCCCAAAAACUGAUUCUAAUUCCACAACAUUUACGGUAAUUGAAGCGAACGCCCUUAGUGCAGCAGUUAAUGACGGCGGCGUUAUGGAAACGAAAAUUAACGUUGAAAACAUAAUAAUCGUCUACUGCACUGAUCCAGUUACUAAGACAGUAAUCGCCAAAUAUGACAAGGAAAGUGCAAUGAAAAACUACAAGGAUGUAAUGGUGGUCAAGGAAGAAAACAUGACCGAGUGGUCUCCAAUCCCAAAUUCAACACCAGCACCCUCCCAAUACGUCACCAAAAAUAUCACAAUGUCGAUUCGUGGGCGUAUUCACUACUGUCAAAUAGUUACAGUUCCAUCAGAUGCUGUGACAAUAGAAACCGAACGAAUUCCAACAAUGACCACGGAUUCCAAUAAAAAUGUUGUGACCACAGGAAUGAAUGUGAAUACCGUACCACUAAAAGAAGAAGUAAUAGUUCAUAGUGGUUCGAUUUUAAAAGAAAUUGAAUCUACUAUUACACCUUCUUCGACAGUUCUACCUAUCUCAGUAAUGAGUACUCCAAUUAACAACGUUGUUACCUCAGAAGUGAAUUUGGACAGUAAACCAACUAAGGCGCCGCUAAAAGAAGAUAUAAUACUUCAUAAUGGCUCAGAUUCGCAAGAAAACGGAUCUACUGCUACAAUUGCAGUGGAUGACAAGACUGACGGCACAACAAAAGACCAAACAUCCAAGCCCUUUAUUUCAGAAAAAGUAUCCAGUAAAAACGCUUCCCUGACCAAUUCUUUUAUUUUGGAGUCGUACGCUACCCUUUUAUUGCAAGAUGACGAGUCAGAAGAAGACUCGAGCAGCUCUUCGACCCAAGAAGUGUCAGAUCCAAAAAUGUCCCCCUGCGUAGGUGCAUGUUCCCACUUAUACAUCAGUUCAAGUAGUAAACAUCCGAUGAAAGACAAACACUCUUUGAUAAACCGGUUUGAUAGUAGUAGUUCAAUGAGUAGCAGCGAAUCGGCGGAGGACGAAGUUGGAGUUUACAUAUCAAAGAAAGAAGGGAUGAAACCUAAGGAAGUUAGCGUGGAGGAUGAUAUUAGUAGUGAUUUUGAUAAAAUAAAUGCUGGUGGUGCCACAUUUCGAGUGCAUGAUUUUUUAUAGUGAUUUCGCAGCUUAUAGCAAUUUCGCAUGCAACCACAUUGCGUUGGUUUCACGUGAAUAUAGUGUAGAGAGAACUUUUAACCUUUGCAUGUGAUAUGUUUGAAUUAAAAAUUUACA